GACCUCAUUCAGGGGCAGACUGAAAGGGAGGGGAAGAAAUAGGGAGAGAAAAAGGAAGCAGUCUGCUAUACAUUUUUUUCUCCACACUGAAACUUUCAAAAAGAGAAAAGACUAUAAGAAAGCCGGUGAGGAUCAACCGAUUGGGAAUGAGAGCGAGAGAUAAAGAAAGAGGGAGGAAUAACACUAACCUGACACUGAGUAUACUGCACAACUGAUGAGAAUAUCAAAUAGUACGUGUUUGAGGCCUUGGGGCCUUCAUUGACCAAGGAGGGAGAUCAGGUGGGCACUUCUGGUCCUGGAGGGUUGCAGUGUGUGCAGGCUUUUAUUCCAACCCUCAGAGCCCUGACAGAGAGAGAGAGAGCAUGUCUUCUAACUUGGACUCCAGUCUAACCAGCAUAGACUGGCUCCCCCAGCUGGGAAUCAGCUCACUGCGAUCAGGAAGAGAGAGAGGAGGAGAAGAGGGGGAGAGAAAGAAAGAGAGAGGGAGGGAGAGAAGUGAUCUUCCUCCAUCCAUCCCUGUCCCCUUUCCUUCCUCUGGAUCCAAAGCCAAGCCCCCUCACAGCUAUGCCACCCUCAUCGCCAUGGCGAUAGGUGCCGCCCCCGGCAGGAAGUUGAGUUUGAAUGACAUCUACAUGUGGAUCAGUGACAUGUUCCCCUACUACAGCAGAUCUGCCAGGGGAUGGAAGAACUCCAUCCGCCAUAACCUGUCCCUCAAUAAAUGCUUCCGGAAGGUUCCUCGACCCCAAAGUGACCCUGGGAAGGGUUCCUAUUGGAUGAUGGACGGCUCCUCAGAGCCCAAUCCGCUGAGAGGAACCAAGCGUCCGUAUCCAUCUGAAGAGGAGGAGGGGUCCAUCCAGGUCCCCAAAGUCUCAGUGAUGCAGGCAGAGAAACAGCAUUCACCUCAGACAGACCAUUAUAGGCCUUUAGCAUCUCCACAGACAGACCAUUAUAGGCCUUUAGCAUCUCCACAGACAGACCAUUAUAGGCCUUUAGAAUCGCCACAGGAACCCAGUCAACAACUAUCCCCCCCACCUUGCAAGGUAGAGUAA